UGUGCUCACUAAUCAAAAACCUGUGAACGUGAAAGAUAGGAUUGGAAUUAUUUUUUAAUUUUCAUAGAAUUAAUCAUUCCAUCGAUCUCAUUUAUUUGUUACUUGAUUAGAAAUUGUACAUUUAAUCAUUAGUAAUGUCAUAUCAAUUAUAUAGAAACACCACGAUCGGAAAUACUUUACAAGAAAGCCUUGACGAAUUGAUACAAUAUGGACAGAUAACACCGGCGCUAGCAGUGAAAGUUCUGUUGCAAUUCGACAAAUCUAUAAAUUUGGCUCUAUCUAACAGAGUGAAGUCAAGGCUAACCUUCAAAGCAGGAAAAUUAAAUACUUAUAGGUUUUGUGAUAACGUGUGGACUUUCAUGUUGAAUGAUGUGGAAUUUCGUGAAGUACAAGAAGUUGCUAAAGUUGACAAAGUGAAAAUCGUAGCGUGUGAUGGCAAAAAUGUUGACGACCGAAGAUAGCCUUUUGGAACUUAUUGAACGCUUUAGGUUAAUUUUAACUACACCUAAUCUUUUGUAAUAGAUGCUCAGGAUUUCUCAAUGUUGUUUAUUAUAUGCAACUCUUUCUGAUAACAAUUGGGUAUAAAUAAAUUGUAUAAGUGGUAAA